AUGGUUCUAAAGACGCCGGGGUGUCAUAAGGUCAGGCGAGUAACGGCAAUGAAAGGAGGAAACAAAGAGAUUAGACGUCUCUGCCAGUUGGGACAGGACUAUCGAUUGUUGGCUGGCCAAGCGGCGCUGACUAGACGAGACCAGUCAAAGAGGAGGAUGAGCAAAUUGACUAGUUUGGACGCGCCAGCAAGAGAGGAGAAGACUCACCCAUUUGCCCUGGACACUAUUGUCACCGGCAGGCGAAGCCGUGUAUUCCACUGUUUUCAUCAUCUCCAACCUAUUAAGAGCGGCGACACCAGCAAUAGCGGAACUGCCGUCCAAACGGGAGUGAAAUCGGAUGAACUGGGACACAUUAAGCUUAGCAAACCUCUGAGCAGAGUGGCCGAACCAUCGCUUGAAGACAGAUCUUUGACGUCAAAACGAACCCAACACGACUCAGGUCUUAUAAGGUCUGUCGGUGCCCGCGAAACGUCCGCCUCGUUCAUUAUCUAUUGCAGAACAAACCAUGUGGACAUGCUGCGCCACCAUCUACUCGAAGACAGUACAGAAGUCAAUACAGGGAGAAUGUGUCAUAAUUGCUUUUUCGCACUUCGCUUUGCCGGCAAGCACUGGCUUCUGAUCGACGAUCUUCUGGAAUUGGGUUUUCUUCUCAUCUUAGCCGAACGAGUCGGGAACUGGUUGAACCAGAAAAUGGUGCGAAUCAAUACAACCUUUCAACAGAAAGGCGCGAUGCGACAUUUCUUUCUCACUUUUCCCGGUAAAAACCCAAAUGACAAAGCCAACUUAACAAUGGCCCGGACAGCUGGUGAGUACAUUGGAUUGGACAUUUCGCCUACGCUUGGCCAGUGUCUUUCUUUCUCCCCUCCAGGAGUCAUUGCAGGCCCUGUUGAGUGUAGAGGUGUUGAGCUCUGGUGGUUCACAAGAGAAAGGUCAAGGAACUGUAUGAGGGCCACUGUAAGUGGAACGGAGAAGGUGGAAUAG